AUGUCUAAUAAAACGUAUAACGAUUUGUUGGUUGAGACUUCAGAGCUGAUAGGAGAAGCAACUCAAGCGGAUGAAGCGCUUUUUGAAGCGGGAGCAGCUGAUAGAAAUACACUACUACCGAUUCUUCUAGAACUUCGAGUGAGGUACACGAUGCUGCUCAGUCGGUUGGAUGCGGUGUACGACCAGCUCUUGCAGCCACAAAAGCGCAUGAUUGUCAAAAGACUUCUAGAGUCUUGCUUAGGAAGACUCAUAGAGAUAAAACAUGAUCUGGUGGAGAUGCGCUUGACUGAUCAUACUUUUGAUGAUGAUGAGGCAUUAAUCAAACUCCAAGUGACUCCAAACCAAGCUGAGCCAUGCAUACCACAAUUUUUCAUCCGCGAGAGAGCAGAAGAGAUCGAGUAUAGGCGACAGUUCGUACUUGAAACAUUAAGGAAAUUGGGUUAUGAGCCUCCAAAACCACAGCCUCUAGUUUUGACGGAACAGCAGGCUGUGAUCAUCAUACAAAGCCACGAAAGAGCUAGACAAGGAAGGCUAAGAGGACAAUUCAUGAAAGAAAUUCGACUGCUAAAAGAAAAAGGCAGAGAUCAGAAAGGAGAGAUGUCUGCAUCGGCAGCCACUGCAAUACAGAAGGUCUGGCGAGGUUUCUUAGCCAGAAGAUUGACAAAGCGCAGAAAAAUGGAAGAACAACUCUUGAUUGGCAUGGAACUGCCUCCUUACAUGGAAUCUGAAGCUCAGAGGAAAGCAGAAGAAGUCAAAGAUUACCGACGAAAAUUGCAAUCGGAAAGAGAGAAAGAGUAUCAAACAGCUCUUAUCUCAAUCGAGGAGGACCUUCGUAAACAACACGAGAAAAAGUUGAAUGAGCAAAUCGGAGAUGAACUCAGAAGGUGGAUAAGGGAGUACUAUGAUAGAACUGGACGAUUUCCCGAAAUGCCUUCCGAAGAAAGUGGUGGAAGCAGGGCUAUGUACAGUCGAACUGGAACUGGUAUGGAUAGUGAGUUAAGCAAGUCAUCGCCUGUAUCAUCUAAAGAAUCAAAAAGAAGUAAAGAAAGUAAAGACAAGAAAAAUGGCAAAAGCGAUGAAAAUGGUAAAAACGGUAAAGAAGAUGCUGAUGAUCUUGAUACUUAUAUGUGUGCAAGUUCAGCCUUUUUGAAGGACAUGGCUGGUGCUAAUGAGGAGUAUGAAGAUAUAUGGAAAUUCAAAGAAGAUGCAGAUAAUCCUCAUGAAAGGUACUACAAAGACAUGAUAGAACGAGAGAAGAUGGUUAAGAUUGAGCAAGAGAUCAGGAACAUUGUUGAUGAAUUGAUGAGAAGUGAACUGGAGUUGCUACAAGCUGCAUAUGACAGAGACAGAGCACAAAAAGGGAAGAAAUCUAAGAAGCAACAGAAAAAGACUCGUCGCGGAGGUAAGAAGAGUAAAAAGAAAAAAGAGAAAGAUUUAACACCUGAUCGAACAACGGAAUCUUUGUUCGAAGAACUGGUAUCUAACGGCAUAAUAAGGCCAUACCCGCUUGUGAAGAUCGAUGACUAUAUUGGAGAAAAGUGCUUUGUUGGAGCUAGUUAUAGAGAGAGCGGGGUAGAAGCAACACCGUGUUUGGGUGAUGUAAGGCAGCUGGUGAAGGAAUAUUGUAUUCUUCCACUAGGAUCAGAAUUGGUGCGGAAUAAUGCACCUUUAGUGAGAUCGGUUCUUAUAACAGGGUUUGCGAAGAGUGGGAAAAAGAUGUUAGUCCAUUCAAUUUGCAACGAAGUUGGUGCCAUGCUCUUUGAUUUAACACCAGCUAAUAUAGUUGGAAAAUACCCUGGAAAGUCUGGGCUGAUCAUGUUAAUACAUUUGGUGAUGAAAGUGUCUAGACUUUUACAACCUUCUGUAAUUUGGAUGGACGAUGCUGAGAAACCGUUUGUGAAGAAAAUUCCUAAAACUGACAAGACUGACCCGAAAAGGCUGAAGAAGGAUUUGGUGAAAAUUAUCAAAGGUAUUUGUCCAGAAGAUCGCGUCAUAUUCAUAGGCACAUCCAGAGCUCCUUGGGAUGCAGAACAAAAACUAUUAUUUCAAUGCUAUCAGAAGAUUAUCCAAAUACCAAGAGCUGACUAUGGAAGCAUUUCUAUGAUGUGGAGAAGCAAGCUGCAUAGGGCUGGAGCUUUGAAUCCUAGAUUGGAUAUUUCUUGUUUAUCUAGAAUUUCUGAUUCAUAUACUUUAGGGACUCUUCUAGAAGCUUUGGAUGCAGUGCUGACCACGAAAAGGCGUUUGCAGUUGCGUGUGCGAGUACUAACUGCUGCCGAAAUUGCUGUUCAGCUCAGCUCGAGGGAGCCAGUUUAUGCUGAACAUGAAGCAGCAGCAGAUUCCUGGUGGUAUAAGACUCCAAUGGAAAAAAGAAGACAGAAGGUGCUGCAGAGACUGGAAGAAGCACAAGCUGAAGCUGAAAAUGGUGGCUAA